ACUUCCUGCUCCCCCCGCGGCCCACCCACGCUCGGCUUCCUGCAGAGCGUGUGCACGAGGACCCUCCUCAGAAGGUCGCAGGCCUGCUUGGAGGAGGAUGGACUCUGCUCUGCUGCUGCUCUCCUUCUGGGCCCUCGCCGCCACUGUGGCCCCGCAGACUCCAGAGUCGUGCCCAGAGAGACUGGUGGGAGAAGAGAGGAAGCGGACGUGUCCAAAGCCCUGUAAAGUGGACAAAGACUGUGGCAGCAAGCGUCAAUGUUUGUGUGACGGCCAGUGUGGUCUCAGCUGUGUGGCUCCAGGUCGCACAUGUCCGUGGCCUUUGACCCCCAGCGCGGCCUGGGAGGCCCGCCUCCUGUCGCCCACCCACUCCUUCUCCGCCCUGCUGGAGGUGCGCUGCAAGUCCGGCUUGUCCCUGCCCAGCGGUCUGGACGCCACCAUUCGCCGUUGCCAAGGCGACCGCCAGUGGAGCGGGGAGGAGCCCACCUGCGCAGGGGCCACGCCUCCCACUGCCGCCCUGACCUGCCCGCUUCCGGAGGACGCCGACGGCAAUAUCCGUAUCGAAGGCGACGGCGCCGUGGGCACAGCAAUCCGCUACAGCUGCCUGCCAGGGUCGCGCUUGCUGGGGAUUUCGGAGAACUUCUGCCAGGAUGACCGGCGAUGGCAACACCCGCACCCCGCCUGCCGAAAGUUGUACUGCACCCCCCCCAGCGAGGUGGCGCAGGGCUACGUGGUGGCGGUCCAGAAGACGGAGUACGAGGUGGGCUUCGAAGUCCAUUACCUCUGCAAGAAGAACUUCCGGCUGGACGGAGCCCAGAAGGUCACCUGCUUGUCCAACGGCAGCUGGAGUGCAGCGCCACCUUCCUGCAGGGCUCGCUGCCUGAUCCCCGCCCACAGGAGCCGCGUGAUGAUUGACGGCGUGAAGCGUUGGCCCCUGGACGUGACGGACGCCAUGGUGGCCCACGGACAGCAGGUCACCUUCUACUGCAAACACCCUCAGCUCCCGUGCAGCCUGGCCACCAGCCACACCUGCCAUGAUGGCCAGCUGCCGCCGCCCGCCUGCUACCUCGAGCCCACCUGGCUGCAGUACAAACUCUUCCCUCACCGCCUGGUCUCCGAGAUACCCGCCUGCCACCUGCCGGCCAACGCCACCGCCGUCUGAGCCAGGAGACACUUCAUUAGGUACACCUGCUGCUUGUUGUUGUUGUCCUUUGCAAGAUGGCCGCCGACAACCAAUACAGUAGAACCCGUUUGCCCAUGCUAACGUUAGCAUGCUAACUGGAAAGUUAGCGUUCUUCUAAAAAUGGCGUCAAGUAUUAAAAGCCAUCGUUUUUAUGUUGGAAUGAAUGAAAUGAGCAAAAAUGCUAGCAUAAAUCGUUACCGUGCUAAUGUUAGCAUUUAUAACGUAGAAAAAGUUAGCGUUCUUCUAAAAAUUGCGCCAAGUAUUUAAAGUCAUAGUUUUUUGGUUUGAAUGAAGGGAAUUAGCAAAAAUGCUAAAAAAAAAAGGAUUACCAUGCGUACAUUAGCAUUCUUCUAAAAAUGGCGUCAAGUAUUUAAAGUCAUAGUUUUUUGGUUUGAAUGAAGGAAAAUGCUAACAUAAAUGAUUACCGUGCUAAGGUUAGCAUUCUUCUAAAAAUGGCGUCAAGUAUUAAAAGCCAUUGUUUUUAUGUUGGAAUGAAUGAAAUGAGCAAAAAUGCUAGCAUAAAUCGUUACUGUGCUAAUGUUAGCAUUUAUAACGUAGGAAAAGUUAACGUUCUUCUAAAAAAGGCGGCAAGUAUUAAAAGUCAUAGUUUUUUGGUUUGAAUGAAGGAAAAUAGCAAAAAUGCUAACAUAAAUGAUUACCGUGCUAACGUUAGCAUUCUUCUAAAAAUGGCGUCAAGUAUUAAAAGCCAUAAGAUAGCAAAAAUGCUAACAUAAAUUAGCAUUCUUUUAAAAAUGGCAUGAAGUAUUAAAAGCCAUAAGUUUUUUGGUUUGAAUGAAGGAAAAUAGCAAAAAUGCUAACAUAAAUUAUCAUUCUUCUGAAAAUGACGUCAAGUAUUAAAAGCCAUAAGAUAGCACAAAUGUUAACAUGAAUAAGCAUUUUUCUAAAAAUGGCGUCAAGUAUUAAAAGCCAUAAGUUUUUUGGUUUCAAUGAAGGAAAAUAGCAAAAAUGCUAAUAUAAAUGAUUACUGUGCUAAGGUUAGCAUUCUUCUAAAAAUGGCGUCAAGUAUUAAAAGCCAUAGUUUUUUGCUUUGAAUGAAGGGAAUUAUCAAAAAUGCUAACAUACAUGAUAACGAUAACAUUAUAACUUAGGAAAAGUUAGCGUUCUGCUUAAUAUGCCGUCAAGUAUUGAAAGCCAUUAUUUUUAUGUUGGAAUGAAUGAAAUGAAAAAAAUGCUAGCAUAAAUCGUUACUGUGCUAACAUUAGCGUUCUUCAAAAUAUGGCAUCAAAUAUAAAAGCCAUCAUUUUUAUGUUGGAAUGAAUGAAAUUAGCAAAAAUGCUACCAUAAAUCAUUAGCGCGCUAACUUUAGCAUUUACGACGUAGAAAAAGUUAGCGUUCUUGUAAAUAUGACGUCAUGUAUUAAAAGCCAUGUUUUUUUUUGGUUUGAAUGAAGGGUGUUAGCAAAAGUGCCAACAUAAAUUAUUACUGUGCUAACGAUAGCAUUAUAACAUAAGAAAAGUUUUUGUUCUUCUAAAAAUGGCUUCCAGUAUUUGCAAGCUAUAAUUUUGUAUGUUGGAAUGAGCAACAAUGCUAACAGAAAGUAUUACCGUGCUGAUGUUAGCAUUCUGCUACUGCUAAAUAUGCCGUCAAAUAUUGCAAGCCAUAAUUUUUAUGUUGGAAUGAAUGAAAUGAGGAAAAAUAACGUUGGAAAAGUUAGCCAAAUUUUUUUUGUUUAAAUGAAGGGAAUUAACAAAAAUGCUAACAGAAAUUAUUGCUGUGCUAUCGUUAGCAGUAUAACGCAGAACAAGUUAGCAUUCUCAAUGAAAUGAACACAAAUGCCAGCAUAAAUUAUUGCCGUGCUAACUUUAGCAUUUAUGACGUUGUAAAAGUUAGCGUUCUUCUAAAAAUGACGUCAUGUAUUAAAAGCCAUGGGUUUUUGGUUUGAAUGAAAGGUAUUAGCAAAAAUGCUAGCAUAAAUUAUUGCCGUGCUAACUUUAGCAUUUAUGACGUUGUAAAAGUUAGCGUUCUUCUAAAAAUGACGUCAUGUAUUAAAAGCCAUGGGUUUUUGGUUUGAAUGAAAGUUAUUAGCAAAAAUGCUAGCAUAAAUUAUUGCUGUGCUAAUGUUAGCAUUCUUAAUGAAAUGAGCAAAAAUGCUAGCAUAAAUUAUUGCCAUGCUAACUUUGGCAUUUAUGACGUGGGAAAAGUUAGCGUUCUUCUAAAAAUGACGUCAAGUAUUAAAAAGCCAUAAUUUUUUUUGUUUGAAUGAAGGGAAUUAGCAAAAAUGCUAACAAAUUAUUACAAUGGUAACAUUACCACGCUAACAUACGAAAAGUUAGCGUACUUAGAUUGCGUCGAGUAUCAAAAGCGAUUAUUUUUAGGUUCAAAUGAAUGCAGUUUGCGAAAACAAUAGCCUGCUAACAUAAGAAAAGUUAGCAUACAACUAAGAUGGCGUCAAGUAAUCAAAGCUAUUAUUUUCAGGUUUGAAUGAAUGAAGUGAACAGAAAUGCAAGCAUAAAUUAUUAACAUGCUAACAUUAGCAUUAUAGCACAGGAAAAAAUGACAUACCUUUAAGAUGGCAUCAAGUAUCAUACGCUGUCAGUUUUAGGUUGGAAUGAAUAAAAUGUGCAAAAAUGCUAGCAUUAAACAUAAGCGUCAAGUAUUAAAAAGCCGUCAUUUUUAUGUUGGAAUGAAUGGAGUUAGUAAAAAUGCUAGCAUAAAUUUUCACCGUGCUUACAUUACCAUGCAAACUUUAAAAAAGUCAGCGUACUUUUAGGAUGCUGUCAAAUAUUAAAAGCUAUGAUGUUUAAGCUUAAAUUAAUACAAUUUGCAAGAAUCUUAGCAGAAAACAUUAUUCAAAACUGCAAACUAUUCUACUAGCAUGCUAACAUGAAAAUAAGUUGGCGUCAAGUGUCAAAAGACGUUAUUUUUAGGUUCGAAAUAAUGCAAUUAGCAAAAAUCCAAACAUAAAACAUUAGCAUGCUAACAUAGGAACAUACUACUAAGAUGGCAUCAAGUAUUACAUUUUUUUAGGCUUGGAUAACAUAUAUUUUUUAGCAUAAAACAUUAGCAUGCUAACAUAGGAACAUUUAACAUACUUCUAGGAUGGGUCAAGUAUUAAAAGCUUUUAGGUUUGAAUAAGUAAAAUAAGCCAAUUUUAUUUUAGCAUAAAUCAUUAGCAUGCUAACAUCAAAAUGCAAACAUUGGAACACUUAGCAUACGUCUCAGGUGGCAUCAAGUAUUUAAUUCUGUGGCUUUUAGGUUUGAAUAAGUAAAAUAAGCACACAAAAAAAAUAGCAUGCUAACAUUAGCCUUUGUUGACUGACAUGUACAUGUUGACGUUUUAGACAGAUGUCGACAUAAUCGGGUUCUACGGUAUUUUAUUGGCUGUGUCACUACUUUGCUUUGUCACCUUCAAACACUGAGCUAAGUUGCUGUGUUCAGCUAGCUUAGCAUAGCUUGAGCUACAUUGCAUUGAUUCUAGCAUCUUUAAUGUGCAAAAAGUUUUAAAGUGUUUUUCAAUAUUUGUUUUAUUUCUACAUUUCCUCUUCUUCACGUUUUAUAUUGUUUUGAAAUAAACUUUUGUCAACACA